CUUCUUUUUCUGUUAUACAUAUAUGAGAGAAAGAGAUGUUUUAACUUGAUACAGAUUAAUCGAAGUAUAUUAUCGUGAAACCUUUUCGGACGAAAUUCGCUCGCAGAUAAUAUUGUGGUUAAAUUGAUCGUGAACCACGAUUUUAACAAUGACAAGCACAUGAUAUAAUAUGAUCUCAUUUCUCGUUCUAUGUAUUACUAUAACACAGAAAUAAAGUGAUUAUGAGCUAUUUUGCGGUAUUAUGUUUCAAACGAUCGGCAACAUUGAAUAAAUGUUGGCUAGACAGAUGUCUGAAACGAUACUUAACAUACCAAACGAGAACUUACGCUACUGGAAUCAGUAACCAUCAUAAAAAUUAUGUUGCUAAAAGGGAACAUCUCAGUAGGAGGAAGGCACUGAGGUUACAAGUGCUUCAAGAUAUUAAACAAACUAAGAGAAAAGUGGAAGAAAUAAUAGAGAAAGAAAACAUUUGGACAGUACCAAAUUUACUUUGCAUGGCUCGAAUUGUGACGUCGCCUUACCUGAGCUACUUGAUUCUGUCACAAGAUUAUCAGAUAGCAUUGUGGCUAUUAAUAAUUGCAGGACUAAGUGACCUAGCCGAUGGAUGGAUAGCGCGCACGUGGACCUCUCAAGCAUCUAAGCUUGGCAGUUUUCUAGAUCCAGUCGCAGACAAAUUACUUGUAGGUACACUGUUUCUAUCUCUGGCCUGGGUUGGCUUAGUUCCUGUACCUUUAACAUGUCUUGUCGUUGCAAGAGAUGUUGCCUUAGUUUCAGCUGCAUCUUACAUAAGAUACCAGUCUCUACCACCUCCAAAAACAUUGGCUAGAUACUUUGAUCCUACGCAUGCAACAGCACAGUUAGCACCAACGUACAUAAGCAAACUAAAUACUGGUAUUCAAUUGUCUUUUAUCGCUGGAACACUGGCUGCUCCUGUGUUUCAUUUUGUAAAUCAUCCGGUGUUAGAGGCGUUAUGCUAUGUAACAGCAGUAACGACAUUAGCAGGAGGUAUAAGCUACUUGAUAUCAAAGAAUACGUAUAAAUUUUUAAAGAGAAAGACUUUGAAGAAGCCGCCUACUUAGAUAAGAAUAAUGUAUUUUAAUAAACACGAUACAUUGUUUUUUGUAAAUUUAUUAUUUGUCUGUACAAUAAAUGAGACACUUAAACAUCUA